AUGAAGACCAGUCUCCUCAAUUGGCUGGCAUGGGCUGCUUUGUGCACUUGCGCUCUGGCUAAGCAGCCUAACAUUCUUUUCAUCAUCACCGACGACCAAGAUGGGCACAUGGGAUCUGUCGAGCACAUGCCUCUACUCAAGAAACACAUCAUCGACCAAGGAACUUCUUACGAAAACCAUUUCUGCACCAUCGCCAUCUGUUGCCCUUCAAGAGUAAACCUCUGGACUGGACGCGCAGCUCACAACACCAAUGUCACUGAUGUUGGUCCUCCGUACGGAGGCUACCCGAAGAUUGUGAAGGAGGGCAUCAACGACGACUAUCUUCCCGUGUGGAUGCAAUCUGCCGGUUACAGCACAUACUACACUGGCAAGCUCUGGAACGCUCACACGAUUAACAAUUACAACCAGCCUUUUGUCAAGGGCUAUAAUGGCUCUGACUUCUUGCUUGACCCCUUCACCUACGACUACUGGCAUGCCAGAAUGUCGCGCAACGGAGAGGCACCUAGGGACUACUCUGGCCAAUACUCGCCUGAUGUCGUGGCUGACAAAGCUUACGGCUUCCUGGAAGAGGCCAUCGAGGGUGAUGCUCCAUUCUUUGUCACAGUCGCUCCCAUCGCUCCCCACAGCAACAUCGUUGCAAACCCUCCUAGCGGCCCUCUGAACGAGCUGGAAGUACUUGCACCAGGACCUGUCAACAAGUUCGCCAUUCCAGAAUAUGCCCCACGUCACGCACACCUCUUCAAAGACUACAAGAUUCCAAGAACCGAGAACUUCAAUCCUGAGCAGGCAAGCGGCGCAAGCUGGGUGGCUCAACUGCCGAGACUCAACGACACCAUGAUUGAUUACAACGACGAAUUCCAACGCGCCAGACUCCGCUCACUGCAGUCGGUUGACGAGAUGAUCGAGCGCUUGAUCAACCUGCUUGAGGAGAAAGGUGUCCUGGAAGACACUUUCGUCUUCUUCACCACCGACAACGGCUUCCAUGCUAGUCAACAUCGCAUGCAUCCCGGCAAAGAGUGUGGCUAUGACACCGACAUCCACAUUCCUCUUGUGAUCCGAGGACCUGGUAUUGCUGCAGGAGCCACAAAGAACAUCGUCACUUCACACACCGAUAUGGCUCCUACUUUGAUGUCUCUUGCUGGUGCGAGCCGAGACGACUUUGACGGUUCGGCAAUCCCCCUGCUUGAAGAUCAUGAAUCUACUGAGGUGUCUCGCGGCGAGCACGUCAAUGUCGAAUUCUGGGGCAUCGGCUUACCCGAAGGGAAGUUUGGCAUUGCUGAGCCCUUCGGCGGACUAUCAUACCCCAACAACACAUACAAGGCUCUGCGUCUCGUCGGUCACAACUACAGCCUGUACUACUCCGUCUGGUGCACCGGCGAACGCGAGUUCUACGACCUGCACCGCGAUCCUGGACAGAUGCACAACUUCUUCGCCGACCCUCAACUGGCAAAGGACUACACAAUCGCUGGACGGUCGUGGCAGCAACUCAUCUACAGACUCGAUGCUCUUCUGGUAGUUCUCAAGACCUGCAAGGGCAAUACCUGUGUAAAGCCAUGGAACUCGCACCACAAGAAUGGUAGCGUUGAGACACUCACCGAAGCUCUGAACCCAAGAUUUGACAAUUACUACAUGAAACACCCCAAGGUCGGCUUCUCUUCUUGUGAAUUGGGCUACAUCAAGGAAGCGGAGGGAAAUCGCGAGCGUAUUUCACAUGCCGGCGUGCAAUGGCAGACCGGAUUGGAGGCACCUACACCGGAAGGCCAACAGCCUUUCCAGUACAGAGGUAGCUGGAGCGACUGGGUCUGA